AUGAUACGCAUUGGUCUACUCGUAAUAUUUCUCGUCACACAUGGCAAAGGACAAGAUUCAUGUGAAAUCCUCCCCAAACAACCAACUGUAAAGAUGGGAUCAGAUUUGGUGGUUUUAUUUCACGCUCCACCUAACGGUGAUUGCCGCAAACAGGUUACAUACAGUUCUAACAGAGUGUACUGGAGGUUUAACAAUAAAGCAAUUGAAAAAAGCUACUACAGGUACAAUUCCACUUUUGCUGCUGUGUCUAUUCAUAAUAUCACUCUAAAAGUAGGAACCAUUGAAUGCCUCAUAGAUGAUAUAGUCUUGGGUGGAACUAUCAUCAGAGCAUACUCCCCACCACAAAAUAUACACUGUGUAACACUCAAUGAAAGAGUAAAGAUGAGAGCAACAUGUUAUUGGGACCAUGACAGAAGCUCAGAAAACACUAAAUACACAGUUCAGCUCAAACAAGAGGGCAAACCAAUUUUAAAGUGCAUCUCUAGUGAGAGGGAUUGCCAGUUUACUGAGAGCAUCAGUAUGGCUGGCAUGAAUAUAACAGUGUGUGCAGAGAAUCCAAGGGGUGUGGUAUUGUGUGAGGAGGCCAUCUACAAUGACUUUUACUUGACGUUGAAGCCUAGCCACCUGCUGAAUGUUCAUGUAGAACCUCAAUCAAAUGGUAGUCUAAAGGUAUCGUGGCUACCUGGAACUGACACUGUGAAAAGUUGGAAACACAUCUGUGAAAUCCAGUCCAUCCAAGAAAGUUCUAAUGCCAAGACUGUGAAGAAAAUCGAGUGGAUACCAACCAAAGGGAUGAGCUCUUAUACUAUUGAUGGAGUGCAGCCAUGCUCCAAGUACACUGUGUCAUUGCGCUGUGCCCUCUCUGAGAAGUACCCCUGGAGUGACUGGAGUCAGCCAGCAACAGCGCUCUCGGAGCUUAAUGUGAACACCGUAUUGUUCCAGCUGUUAAGGACAAAAGAUGUUCCUCAAGGAAAUGGGAUGAGACAAAUGCACCUAAUGUGGAAGGGAGUUCCCCCUUCAUGCGGUUCCUUUGAGUAUCGGCUUUUUGUCCUCAGAAACUACACAAAUUCAACAUCAGAUAUGAAUGCAAAAUUUGAAAGGUUCACCUCAACCCAGAAUCAUACCAUUAUUACUGUAGAUAGGGAAGCACACACUCUCCUGGUUGCUGCCUACCACAAUAAUGUGAUGAAGGGAAAAAGCUCACUUCAAGUUCCUACCUCAGGAGAGGAUUUCGAUCUGCCACCGGUCAAUAACUUAACAGCUGUUGCCAACAGUGAUCAGAUUGAUGUCAGCUGGGUUGCACCUGCCCUUCCUGUUUCUAGCUAUAUGAUUGUUUGGAAUAGUACUCGACAUAAGCACCAAUGGCAACAAACCCAAGAAACUUGUAUCUCACUAACAGCUCAACCCAGCCAUUUAUACAAAAUAUCUGUGAGCCCGCUCUACGGUUAUGUACCAGGAUUGGAGAAAUCUGUGCUUAUGUACUCAAAAGAAGGAGAGCCUGCCAGUGUCUGGAAUGUCCACAUUGAUGAUAUCCGUGACAACAGAGCAAGAAUUAGGUGGCAGCUGGUGUCACCCAUCCAAUGCUGUGCCUUUGUUGUGAACUAUACAGUGUUCUACAAGGCAGAGUCAGGGCCAGAAUUGAAUAUGACAGUAGGUAGAAAUCAGAAUAAAGUCAUCCUAGAUCAGCUGCAACCUGGCACAAGAUAUGAUGUCUACAUAGAGGCCACCUCAUUCAGCAGUUCAUCUAAGAGCGAUCUCAUCUCAUUCCAAACAAAGCCACUGGGUGAACUUGCCUCCACCCUCAUAAUUUUAGGUGGAGUUGUUUCAGUGCCCAUAUUUGUCCUGAUUGGCAUAAUUUUGACGAGGAAAUUUUUGAGUAAGGUCAUCCCAGAUCCACGUUACAGCUCUGUGUCCAUGUGGUCCUCUCAGCAAUGCAGAAAAAUUCAGCACUUGCCUCAGACUGCAUCCUGCAUGAACACCUACUCAGAAGCCAUCCUGCCAUGUAGAAUAGAAACUAUAGAGAGAGACAUCUCCUCUGCAGAGUGGACAAGCACUGAAGCACUGCACAACUGUGAAGAGGACCAGAUUUCCACCUUCAGUCAUAUUGCCAGCAUCUCCAGUCUUGAAAAAGAAGACACCGUCCUGGUUAGCUCCCAGUCCAAAUGGGUGAUUCCUACUGAUUGUGUGCAAAACCCCUCACUGGAGCCAAGCCAUGACUUCCAUCUCCAACUGGACUGCACAGUCACCCCUUACUUGAACCAGACCCCUGUGGUCAGCCCUGUGGAAACACCUGAGAUGGUCCUGGGUGGUUCCCAGAAACUCUGCAUAUCUCAGGAGACUGAGGCUUUGUUAAAGUCAGACAAUAAUGGAGCUGAUGGCACCACAUACAUUAUGGUUGGAUAA